CUUACACAUUAAGUUUUGCCAAUAAAGAGUGUGUGAUUUUUAUGUUUUACAUUUGACGAGUAUUCAUACAAUUUGAGAAAUGAUCAUAUAUACUUACAUAUGUAAAUAAGUACAUACAGUACAGACAUUCUCUGCUGUUGCAUGAGAUUUUAUACCUUUAUUAAGCAUUCACCAUUUUUCGACUUCUUGUAUUAAUGUAUAUUUGCAUAAAAGUUCAAUUGUAAUGGAUUGUACCAAGAAAGAGUGUCACAUACAAAUAAUGAGUAAAGGACAAUUCUCCCCAGUUAAUAAACUUACGCAUACAAAAUCAACACAAGGAAGAAAUUUAACAGGUUCUGCUCGCCAUAUACGAGAUUUAAUUGCAGAUAUUCAUAAAAAUAUACAAAUUUGGAAUACACUUCAUUUAGAAGGAGUAACAUUACUAAAUAACAUAACUCAAGCGAAACAAGAUGAAUCUUAUUCUGAAAUUUUGCAAGAACAAUGUGAUAAAUUGGAAAUUAUUUGUGAUGGAUUGGACGAUAUUGUAAAAAAUUUUGCUCAAAUUGAACAACAGAUGAAAUUAACAGCUUCUUUAGAAACUAGCAAGGACAAGUUAUUUACAACAUGGCCUAGUUCAAAAUUUGGACAAGUUGCAAAAUCAAUAUUUAGUUUAUAUUCUAAUGAAGCAAAAGUGAAGCGUGCAAUUUUGGAAGAUACAGCGCAUUAUUAUACAGAAUCUUGGAAAAUGUUGUUCCUUGCUAGUUGGGUGCAUCAACCAUUAUUGCCAGAAAAUCUAACAACAGUCUUAGAAUCAAUGUUAAUAGAGAGUGGACAUAGGUAAUUAAUUAUUGGUGAUAUAAAUUUUGAUAAAUAGAAAAUUAAUAAUUUUCACUGUACAUAAAUGCUAUAACAAUGUGGAUGGAAUUAUUUUUUUGAUGUUUAAAGUAUUUUCAAUGAUUUAGUAUUUCAUACAAAAGCUGUAAAUAAUUCACGUUAAUUCAUUACUACUUAUAAUCUGUAAUAUUUUUGUUGUCGUUACAAUGAAAUUAUUGAUAUAAUAUAAAUACACUUUUUAUUUUA